GUCACAAUGUUCCGGCGGAGCUGCCAAAGCUUCUUACCGUUUCUCUCAGAAGCUUAGAGGACCCUCUCAUAUGUCAAAGCGAUCGAGUUUGACUUGAUUUCCAGCAAAGAAUCGAUUUUUUUUUUUUUGUUUUGUUUUGACGAAUGGUGGGCUCGAAGCAGGGCUUUCCUUCGUGGAUUGGUGCGGCUGCUACCAGGGUUGAUUUUGAGGGGAAGGUUUCGUCUAUGUCAUCGUCCAGUGAUCCAAGUGAUCAUCACAGUGGCUCUUCGGGUGCCCCGCCGCUGAGCCAUUCUGAUGCUGAAUUGUCUUUUGGAGAGAGAGCUUUGUCUGCCGCUGGUGCUGCUUUCGUUUCUGCUAUCAUCGUUAAUCCACUGGAUGUGGCCAAGACAAGACUACAAGCUCAGGCUGCUGGGGUUUCUUAUCAGAACAUUUGCCGGAUGGGAUGUGAAACAAAUACGAGGGUACCGGCUGCAAGAUAUCCCGUUAUGCAAGCAUUUUCUAAAUCAGAAUCAGCAUGCCGUUUGGGAUGUUACGCUAACCAGUACAGAGGAACCCUUGAUGUCUUGUACAGAGUCAUACGUCAGGAAGGAUUUACAAGAUUGUGGAGAGGCACAAACGCAAGUUUAGCAUUGGCUGUGCCAUCUGUUGGAAUCUACAUGCCUUGUUAUGAUAUCUUCCGCAACAUGAUGGAUGACUUUACUACGCAGAAUGCUCCAAACUUAACACCCUAUGUUCCCCUGGCUGCAGGAACAUUAGCACGGUCAUUGGCUUGUAUAUCUUGUUAUCCUGUUGAACUAGCAAGGACACGUAUGCAGGCAUUUAGAGCUACCCAAAAGGGCAUGCUUCCUGGCGUGUGGAAGACAUUGCUUGGAGUAAUCAAACCUUUAAAUGGCGCAAGCCUCCUUCAAAACUUGCAUAACUACCGUUUCUGGUGGACUGGCCUGGGAGCACAGCUUGCUCGGGAUGUUCCAUUUUCUGCAAUUUGCUGGCCAACCCUUGAGCCAAUUAGGAGAAGACUUCUUGGUCUGGCGGGCGAUGAAGCAAGUGUAGCCACUAUCCUUGGGGCAAAUUUUUCAGCUGGUUUUGCUGCUGGGACCUUGGCUGCUGCUGCCACUUGUCCACUAGAUGUGGCAAAAACUCGACGGCAAAUAGAGAAGGAUCCUGAACGGGCAUUGAAAAUGACAACAAGGACAACAUUGCUCGAGAUUUGGAGGGAUGGAGGAUUAAGAGGGCUAUUUACAGGUGUUGGCCCUCGUGUAGGUCGCGCUGGCCCUUCGGUAGGAAUAGUUGUCUCCUUUUACGAGGUUGUCAAGUAUACUAUAUACUACAGACAUCACACUUCAUCAUAAGGCUACACAUGCAUUGAUCUUUAAGGAUUUCAACCCCAUUUGAAUGGAGGGUCUUUGAUUUCCUUUAUGGGGUUAGCUUCAGUAGUGGCUUAUAUCUGAUAGGACAAGCAAUCCCAAC